AUGGCUUCUAUUAAGACCAAUUAUUUUCCCUAUUUUCCUCUGCCACCACCCCAUGAUCCUCCAUUUCCUCCAAAAGUACUCCCACCACCUCCUUCCCCUCCAAAGCUGACGCCUCCUUAUAAACCCCCAACUCCUCCAAAAGUGGCACCACCAACUCCAAGCCAUCCCAAUGUUGCACCACCCCAUACUAUUCCAACCCCUCCCAAGGUGCAAUCACCUCCUCCUAAUUCCCCAUUUUCCCCCAAAGUACCAUCGUCUCCUCCAAAAGUACCUCCUCCGGCACCACAUUAUCCUACACCACCACAACCUCAUCCAGUGCCAGCACCACCACAUCAUCCAUUCUAUCCAUUACCACCUGCAGCAAAACCACCUCUCUCUCCUAUUGUGGCACCACCACCGCCUUACUCUAUUUCUCCACCAUCACCACCUCAAGUAAUUCCACCUCCAUCACCAGCACCCGGACAUCAUUCAAAUGUAAUAGUCGUUGUCUUUGUUUCACUCGGCGGUCUGUUCUUUCUUGCAUUCCUCUCGGUUGCUCUAUGCUGCUUCAUCAAGAAGAGAAAGAAGAAAAUGGUUCAGAAAACAGAAAUAGUAAGCAUAGAUGAACAUGUGAAAAUCCAGGAAACCAUUGUACCAGGCCGUCAUGGUGAACAAAACGAGGUAUUACUCAUAGAAGAGGAUCUUCAUAUUGAAGAAGAAAUCAAGAAAAGCAAAAAGUUUAGUGAAGGAAUGUCACAUUCACAAGAAAUUUCUCACCGUCAACCUUCCGAUAUGGAUAGGGCGGCAGCACAGCCUCCUGGCCCCGCUCAUCAUCACCAUCUUAAGUUAUGA